AUGAGCAAGGAAACCAACGCCAAGCGGCGGACUCGCGGAAACAAGCCCCGUGGUGGAGGCGGAGGAGCACCGGGAAAGUCCUCUCAUCCCGAGCAACCAAGGAACAACGCAAUAAACUCAGUAAAUACCACAAAAAAGACGUCCAUCAAGAGCCCAAGCCAGAACUCUUCGAACAAAUCCUUGAAGAACAAAUCCUCAGGCAGGAUUCCCAACAAGACCCUGAAAAAUGACAAUGGAUCGGGAGAUGCGGCUUUAGUGCAGGCUCAGUCCCAAGAUAAGGCAGCAAGUCAAGUGAAAGGCCAAGAUCAGGGUCAAACGGUGAAAGUGGACACCCAGAUUUAUACUGGCACCUUGGAUCGCAUUGAACCGCACCGCCAUUACGGCGUAUUUCUAUCGCGAAACCGCUUCGAUGCCAUCCAACUGCUGACCCGGAACACGAGCUCCAGUUCGGAUGAUUACGGCGAGCAGCGGAUCGUUUCGGAUUUCCGUGGAAAACGUUGCGAAUUCCGUGCCUGGUCGCCCUUUCAAUCCAAACUGGCAGCCGGAAUUAUGGGUGGUGCAGGCGAUUUGCAUCUGCGAAGUGGGUCCAAGGUGCUCUACUUGGGCGCCGGUUUUGGGCGAUCGGUCUCGCACAUCUCGGACAUUGUGGGCGAAUCCGGAAUGGUCUAUGCCGUGGAGCAGGGUCCCUGGGCGGGUCGCCAGCUGACGACACUCGCGAACAGUCGUUCGAAUAUCGCUCCCGUUAUCGAAGAUGCCACCAUGCCUUAUAAGUAUCGUCUCGAGGUGCCCGCCUGCAUUGACAUCAUCUUCUCCGAUCUACCGCAGGCCGAUCAGAUUCGAUCUCUGAUGCUAAAUGCUAGACAUUUCCUAAUACCCGGUGGUCAUUUUGUGGCCUUCUUCCAUGCGGCCAACAGCAGUGGUAAUAGUGGGUUGGCCAGUAAGGAAGCCUUUGCCGCGGAUAAAGAGCUCUUGAGGGAGCAGCAGUUGGAACCCAUCGAACUGGUUCUACUGGAGCCCUUUAAGCCCGGCUACGCCCUUGUUGUGGGCGUGUCCACGCGUAAGGAUGUGCCUACUUAAAUAGUUUUAUAUAGUUUGUUUCCUUGUUACUUUGAAUUUUGA